AUGCUCGCGGCGGCGCUGCGCCUCUUCGGCCCUGACCUUGGCCUCCUUCUCGUCGCACUCGCGCUUGGCCUCCGCCGCGGCGAGUCGCUCUCUUUCUCUCUCCUGGAGCUGCAGCAUGCGCGCUGUGGCGGCGCCGGCGUCGCGUCGGUCGCUUUGGCGCUGCAGUCGCCGCUGCUGCUGCUCCAGUUGCUUUUGGUCCUGGAGCAGCUGGGCCACGCGCUGCUGCGUCUGGGACUUGAGCGCCUGCACCUGCUGCAGCUCCGCCUCGAGGUCCAGCAGCAACUGCUCCUCCUCGUACUCCUCCAUCAUUACCGUAUCGCCAUGGAGCUCCACACGCCGCCGCCGCCGCCUCCUUCGCCUCCUCCCAGCGACACGGAACUGACUGCGGAGCAGAAGCUGUACUGGCUCAAUGCGCUGCAGGUUGUGGGCGACUGGUCCGUGCACGACGACGGCGACGGGCGUCUCUUCUACUACGACCGGAGGACGGACUCGUCCCAAUGGGAAGUGCCCGAUGGCCUUGCGUCGCUCGAGACCGAGUUCAUGAUGAAGCUCAUGCUGCAGAACGCAGUGGCUCGCUCCGGGGUUUGGACGGCGCACGACGCGGGCAAUGGCACGCUCUACUACUUCAACUCGAAGACGCGCGUGUCGGUGUGGGAGCGGCCGAGUGAGUGGGGCGAGGCGGAAGCUGCAGCAGCCGCAGAGGCUCGUGAGAGGGAGGCCAUGGCGGAGUUGGCAAGAAAGGAGAAGGAGAAGCAAGCGCAAGAAGCAGAGAAGGCGGCGAAGAAGGAGAAGAAGAAACACAAGAAGCAGAAAAAGCAGAAGGAGAAGCGAGAUGACGAGGCUGUGGCGGAGGCGGAGCAGACCAGCGAAGGGAAGGAAGUUAAGGAGCAGGAGCCAACACCACAGCAAGAAGUCGAGGAGGAGGAACCGCUGACCACGGAGGAGAUUCAGGAGGAGCAGGAACGUAAGGCGCGUGAACAAAAGCGCAUCGAGCAGUUCCGCGCGAUGCUGCGCGACAAGAACAUCAUGCCGUUCUGCAAGUGGUCGGUAGCGUUGCCGCAGAUUGCUGGAGACCCCCGAUUUAUGGGUGUGCCGACCAUGGAUGAGCGUCGUGCGAUUUUUGAACACUUUGUCGAGCACCGUCGAGAAGACCUUAAGGCGGACAAGAAGGGCAAGCUGAAGCAGGCCAAGCAAGCGUUCGCUCAGUUACUGAAAGAGCAGUUCCAGUUCGACUCGUGGGAGCCGAAAACAACGCUGAGUGUAUUUAUUUCGACACUUGAAGAACAGCUCCAGCCUGAUCGCUACAAGCAGGUCCAAGAAAACGCGUUGGCAUUGCUGACUCUGUCAGCCCAAGAGAAGAUUUAUGCAAAAGCGGUGGCAGAAUACAAGACCGAGGCUCUGAAGCGAGAUGGAGAGCAACUGCGGCUAACCAAGUUCUUCGAAGAAAAGCUCACUACGCUGGACACGUCGGCUAUGCGAUGGGAGAGUGGCGAGCUCCGCAGAGUCUGCGGCGCUACUUUCGGCGCAGAAGCAGAAGCAACUGUUUGA